AUGAAAUUCUUAGUUCUCUUUACCAUCUUGGCUUUGGUCUUUUCUGCCACCUCUGCCACCAUCCAAAAGCAACCACAAGUUGGCAAUGCUGCCUGCGAUAUGUGCGAGUACCUCGUCCACACUGCUGAAGAUUUGGUCUUCCAAAACAUGUCCAACACUCAAGUUACCCGUUAUCUCCAAACUGCUUGCAAGAUUCUCCCAACCAAAUACGCUGGUCUCUGUGAAGUUAUGGUUGAGCAAUAUGCUUCCCAAAUCAUCAAGAAGGUUCUCGAAUUCGAAACUCCAGCUGUUGUCUGCCAACAAAUCCAAAUCUGCGGUGGCCAAAAGGAAGUUGAACCAAUCGUCAAGACUCCAGCCGUAGAAUCUGUUCAAAAUCUCGGACAUCACCACCACCAUCAUCAUUUUAACCCCCUUAAGAAAUUCGAAUGCAAAGCCUGCGACUACGCCGUGAAGCACAUCGAAUCCCACGUAAUGAGAGGUGAAGCCAUCCAUGAUAUUGAAAGAGCCGUCGAUCUUGAAUGCGACCGUUUCGAUAUCCAUGAAGCCAUCCACAUUUGCAAGAAGGUUGUCCAUGAAUCAAUCAACAAGAUCGUCGAACACCUCCUCAAACAUGAGUCCCCAGAGAGAGUCUGUAAAGAGCAAGUCCAUAUGUGCUAA